CAUUCGUGUAACAUCCUCCCAAGCAAUCAACAUCCAAAGGAUUUUUAAUUGAAUUUUUUUUCUCUACGAAAUCAAAUAUGGCUCUACGUUACUUACAAUACUUUGCCUUAGGCUACCUUGUUUUGGCUACUGCUAAUGCUGCUGCCAUUGAAUCGAAUUCGGUAGGAGAACCUCGCAUUAAAUCCUCGGAGGAUUUACUCUCAAAUAUUAUGGAUAAUUGCUUAAAUGCCAAUGGCAUGACUUGCCUGCAAGAGCGAGUCUUAACCUAUUUGGAUGGAGUCGCUGGUGUGAAGGAGGAUGUUAGUGGCCGUGCUUUCAGUGAUGAUGUUAUGGAUACACUCAUAGUAGAUCGUGUGGCUCGUGUUUUAAACCAGAAUGAGUUGCGCAUGGAAAUGCCUGAUGCCUCAGUGAUUAGUUAUCGUGCCGAUCGUGGAUUUGAUUUGGAAGUUCCCCAAACUGAGGCCCGCAAAAAGAAGAACAAGGAUAAACUCACCACCAGCUUGUUGUUGAUUGUCUUGCUCAAAUCCAUUAUCAUGCCCAUUUUAAUGAUUUUGAUUAAAUUGAAAACCUACAAGGCCAUGAUCUUGUCCAAAUUGGCCAUUAAAUUGGUCUUGGGUUUCAUCUUCUAUAAUUUGUACACCAAAUUGAGUGGCACCAAGAUGACUGUGACCCCUGUUUCAGCUGCCAUAGCCUAUGAUCGGAGUAGCACAAGCAGCUGGGAAGCCUCCAAUCCUAGCCCUUAUGCCCGUUCGGAUGCUCAAUACUUGGCCUAUAACAGUUACCAAUAGAUUGCAAGCAUCCCCUUCCCUAAAAGGCAACGAAUUGAUACAGGAAUUGAC